AUGGGGCCCCUACGCCUCCUCCCGACUGUUGUGCUGCUCCUGGCCCAGGCGGCGCCUUGGGAGGCCUCUCAGCACUGCGGCCGCCUCGAGUACUGGAACCCUGACAAGCGGUGCUGCGGCAGCUGCCUGCAGCGCUUCGGGCCGCCCCCCUGCCCGGACCUAGAGUUUUCGGAAAACUGCGGGCUGGAUGAUGCUGGCAAUCACGUAAUGCACCCCUUCAAAGAGUGUCCUCCUGGACAGUGCAAUCGCAACAGCGCGGAGCUAUGUAGCCUUUGUGGCAGCGGAGCAACGGCACCCAUUCCCUCGGGAAGCCGCGGCGGAACAGGGCGGCCCUGCCAAGAGAAGUCUGUCCCUAACAAGGAGCCCUGCCCACUGACACCUGGAAAACCGAGCGUCCUUAGCUCCCAGGAGCCCAGCUCACCAGCGGUUCCCAGUGUUUUGUGGACUUCUGAGCACAAAGCCCCUCAGCAAGCCUUGCCGAGUUUGAGUUUUGCCCUGUUCCUUGUGCUGGUUCUGAUCGUGAUCUCAGUCAUAAUCCUGCUUACCCUGCAAAGGCAUCACCGUCGCCUCAACCAAGGGAAAGCAGUCCAACACCCGUAUCCUAGCUUGGUUUGCACCGACCUUGACACCCACACCCGCUUCUUGCAGUCCUCCUCUCCAACCUCCCUGGAGACUUCAGAGGCAAGGGACUCAUGGAAGGAAGUCUCUCUGCCUCCACUCCUAGGCAGGGAGAUGCCAAGCCUGGAGACACAGCCCCUGUCUCGCCUCCUGGAUGAGCUGGAGGUGCUGGAGGAGCUGAUCCUGCUGCUGGAUCCUGAGCCUGGGCCAGGGGGGAGGAUGGCCUGUGGCACCACUCGACACCUGGCUGCAAGAUACGGACUGCCUGCUACCUGGUCCACUUUCGCCUACUCAUUGCGGCCCAGUCGCUCGCCUCUGAGGGCUCUGAUCGAGAUGGUGGUGGCGAGGGAGCCCUCUGCCUCUCUGGGCCAGCUUGGCACACACCUGGCCCAGAUAGGGAGGGCAGAUGCACUGCAGGUGCUGUUCAAACUUGGCUGA